GACGAAGAUUUUAAGUUUGAACUAUGUGCAUCCAUAAAACAUGAGAGAGAGAAGAUGCAGAGGAUGGAACAAGGGAUGAGUAAGACUGUGGAUUUGUCCGCCUUGCCGGAGAGCUGCAUCUCCAACAUCCUUUCCUUCACAUCUCCCAGGGAUGCUUGCCGAUCGGCGGCGGUCUCGUCGGUCUUCCGAUCGGCGGCGGAGUCUAACACCGUGUGGGAUAGGUUUCUUCCAUCGGAUUAUCAAGAGAUCCUCUCCAGAGCAAUCUCUCCUCCGCCUGCGAGUAUUUUGUCAUCUAAGAAAGCUUUCUACUUCCAUCUCUGCGAUCAUCCCCUUCUCAUUGACGACGGAAAGAAGAGCUUUCGACUUGACAGAUGCAGUGGGAAGAAAUGUUUUAUGCUAGGAGCUAGAGAGCUUUCUAUUAUAUGGGGUGAUACUCCCGAGUACUGGAGCUGGGAUUCCUACCCUGAGUCCAGGUUCCAAGAGGUGGCUGAGCUCUUAAAUGUGUGCUGGCUCGAAAUCCGUGGCAAGGUGGAGACGAGAGUUCUGUCCCCAAGAACAACUUAUGCAGCUUACCUUGUGUUCAAGUUGGCGGAGGAGCGACAAGGGCUUGGCCUUGUUCCGGCGGAGGUGUUCGUGAGCUUUAUCGGUGAUGGGGUUGGAGAAGUAGAGAACCACAAUGUGUAUCUGGAUGAGUACUGGCCAUCGUACGACCCUUGGUACCCCUUUCUGUCACCCACGGUGCUACCACCGCCGGCAUCGCUGCGACAGCCAGAAGGCCAGUCCCCGCGAGAGCGAGAAGAUGGGUGGAUGGAGAUAGAGAUGGGUGAGUUCUUUAACGAUCAGGGAGAUGAUGGGGAGGUGCAGAUGUGUCUCAUGGAGGUGAAAGGUGGUCACUGGAAAUCUGGGCUCAUCGUUGAAGGAAUUGAGCUCAGGCCUAAACAGAGUAACUGAGCAUAACUUCUUCCUCUCUGCUAUUUUCUUCUUAAAUGCAUGGAUCAAUAUAAACAUCUGUACGUAGCUUAUUUGUACCGGCUAUUCCUUCCUGAUACAUUUAUGUCCUUCGGCUUAGAAGGUUCAGACCUGGAAAAUGUAGUUGUUGAGUGAUGGAAAUGAUUUCAAUAAGAAAAUAAAUUACAUAAGCAAUGUACAAUGUCA